AUGAAUCGCGAACAAGUACGUGAUCUAUUUCCAGGUUCGACAGUCCUCAAAACAAAUCUUAAUUUAGUUACAUAUUCAAAAACAGUAGUUAAAAUUCUGGGCUACAUAACAGUACAUGUACAAAGUAAUCUUGUGCAAAAGAAAAUAAAUAUAUAUUUAACCGAGAUAAAGAAAGACCCAUUAUUAGGCAGAGAGUGGAUUAGGCAACUAAAAUGUCAGCGCGGUGUGCCAGAUUUCCUCGCAUGUAAUAUGUUAGAAAACGUGAGUACGCAAAAUGUUACAAGUCAAGUACAAGGGAUAUUAGCCAAAUACAAGACGUUAUGUGAGCCUACUUUAGCAAAAAUUUCAGGCAUACAAGCCAGACUUACUUUGAAACCAGAUACAAACCCGGUAUUUCUAAAAGCGCGGUCAGUUCCAUUCAGGUUAAUUCCAUUAUUAGAGAAAGAAUUGGAUGAUUUAGUUCAAGCGGGAAUUCUUACAAAAGUAGGAAAUUCAGAAUGGGCUACACCCAUUGUUCCAGUCCUAAAAGCAAACGGUACGAUUCGAGUUUGUGGAGAUUACAAGUCCACGAUAAAUUCAAAAUUAAUAAUCGACGAACACCCGCUACCUACUAUAAAUGAACUUUUAGCUAAACUAGCAGGCGGUACAAAAUUCACAAAAAUUGAUUUACGUCAAGCAUAUUUACAACUAGAAUUACGCCCGGAGGAUAGGAAAUUGCUUACUUUAAAUACUCAUAAGGGACUAUACGCAGUCAAUAGAUUAAUGUAUGGAAUCGCGUCUGCUCCGGCAAUAUGGCAGAGAACACUGGAACAAAUACUAUAA